CCAGCCAACGAAGACGACAUUUGCAAUUUGCGGUGACUUGAUAAGGCACAGACGAUUCUUCUUGCCACCUUGGCGCACGCAAUAUGCAGUCGUUACGCCAAUGCGCAUCCAGGCAAGCCAUGCUCGUUGGCAAACAAAACGCGCGCCUGGCGCCCCAUCGAUCACCCAUUGUUUUGGCCCGGGUGCCGUCUGCAAAGGCCGGCGAGGCGAAAGCGGCGCCUGCUGACGCAGUAGCCCUGAAUGAGCUGAUGGAGGUCGCCAUCCUGGCCGCAGAGAAGGGCGCCGAGGUGGUGCGCGAGGCUCUGGACCGGCCUCGCAGCAUCAGCUUCAAGGGGGCCACGGACCUGGUCACGGAGACCGACAAGGCCUCGGAGGACGCGGUGCUGGCGGUGCUGCGGAAGCACUACCCGCGCCACGCGCUGCUGGGAGAGGAGGGCGGCGUCAGCGGCGACACAGACAGCUCCUAUCUGUGGUGUGUGGACCCGCUGGACGGCACCACCAACUUCGCACACAGCUACCCCGCAUUUGCCGUCAGCGUGGGUGUGGUGCGCGGCGUCACACCGGUGGCAGGCUGCGUAGUGGAGUUCACAGGGGGGCCGCACGCCUGGGCCACACGGACCUUUGCGGCGCACACAGGCCGGCCCACAACCUGCAAUGGCAAGCCCGUGCGUGUCAGCCAGGUGUCUGACGUGCGUCGCUCGCUGCUGGUGACGGGGUUCGGCUACGAGCACGACGAGGCGUGGGCCGCCAACAUGGAGUUGUUCAAAGAGUUUACGGACGUGUGCCAGGGUGUGCGGCGUCUGGGCGCUGCGGCGGUGGACCUGUGCCAUCUGUCUAUGGGCGUCGUGGACGGCUACUGGGAGUACCGGCUCAAGCCCUGGGACAUGGCGGCCGGCAUUGUCAUCGCGCAGGAGGCCGGGGCGACCAUCACCACCAUGGACGGCCGGCCAUUCUCGGUGUUCGAACGGUCCAUGCUCGCGUCCAACACACUGCUACACCAGCAGAUUAUGGACAAGACUGACCCCAAGACGCGGGGGCUGUUGGCUGCGAAUGUGGACCUGUCGCCCUGGUUUGUGCCGCCCGGGUACGACACCAGCCGCCGCUAGAUGCACAACAUGCCGUGCGGCAACUCCAGUGGCGGCUUGGUUACAUGGUGGCUGGUGUUUGUUGCUGUUGGUAAUCGGGUGUUGAAGGGGUGACGGAAAGGCCAAUGGUGCAUGGUGUUUGGGCGUGGGCCUGUUGGUGUGGCGGGCGCGGCCUGAACGAUUGGGGGACUGGGGGCGGACCCCAUGACGGGUGAGCAGGUGGGCGGCGGCAGAGGCUGGCUAGCUGUUGGACCGAGCUGAGUUACCGAUAGUGGUGACACGCAGUCGACGUCGGACGACGUCCAGGCACGGAUGUCCCAUCCGCGGGUCAUCAAGGGCAGUGC